ACCAUCACCAAAUACUGGAAGUACGUUCUCCUCCUUGCUCUGGCAUGCGUGGCCUUCUUUAUCUUCGUGGGCUUCCUCACACUACGUCGUAGAUGCGGAACAGGAGAAACUAAAAGCAAACACCGAGAUUCCUCGAGCCCGGAUGGCGAGAAAGAAAGAAGAUGGGAAAGAAGACGACGACGACGAAGUAGUAGCGAAAGAACCGAUACUUAUCGUGAUUCAGUUGGAAGCUCUGAAUCAGGAUGGGAAAAGGACGAGUUGAUUGACCAUGUGGACAUGACUCACGUGAAGGUAGAAGCCGUGAUUCCAUCAAGAACGAGGCGUAACAUUAAUGAGUAA